GGAGUUAAGAUAGUACCUGUGAUGUCUCUGAUUGAUGCAUAGUGAUAAUAAAGACUAUGCCUAAACUGCAGCAACAUUCCUCUAUAAUGUCAGUGCGUCUCACUUUUGACUCAAAUGAACUUACAAAGCAGGGCAACAAGUCUUUUCUGUAAACAAUCAAUACAUGGUUGAUUUUCACUACCGCACAGUUGAAAUCUUAUCACUAAGGUAGUUAAAGUUCUCAGGUCCUCAGAAAAAAUACCAUGUUUUACUACUUUCAAUUUACAUACCCUUCACAAGUGAUUAAAUUCCAUUGAGAGUUCAAAGCGAGUGAUCAUUAUGCAGUGUUUACGGUUCCAUCAGUCUCUUUUAAGUGUCCGUAAGAGCCUUUACUGAUGCUAUGUUUAUCUAGCCGUAUGUUAUAGCUUCCUAUAUGUUUGAUCUUAAUUAACACCUAAUCGAUGAACACUUCCUGAACCGUUUUAUUGACAUUCAUUAAUUAUAAGUUAACAGUAUCAUGCAAUAGUGUGAAUUGUCAGCAGAUGGCGCUAUGUUCUCCGUUUGUUAACUCAUGGGUGCAUAAAUGUGGCCCUUUGGCAGAAAAGUGACCAUUUACUCACAUAAAGAGGAGCCCACGCUGUUGGACGCGGUAUUGGAGGUCAGAUAACAAUUUAUUUUAUUACAAUGUAGGUGCUCUGCUUUUCUGCUGAAUUAUUGCAGGCUAUGUUCUGUCCCAAUUUAUAUGCAUUAUAAUUAACAUUGAUAAAUUCGUUUUUCUUCUGUUUGUGUUAGCAGGCUAAUGUUGAUGUGUGUUACUGUUUGGUUCGAUGCACCACAGAAGUGAUGAGUUGCGCUUGGAUGAAUCUAUUUUGAUUUGAAGGGGUUAUGGGACAUAGGCAGUUCAGAGAGGGAGAGAAAGAGGGGAGAGAGCCCCAUUUUCAGAGUCCUGUUCAGACCAGUUUGAUUUAGGCAUCAAAAAACCCUUAUAUCACCACAGAUUCAAUUCCCUAUUAUGUAAUUUUCAUAAUUUCAUAUUUCAAGGUGAGUUAUGAAUUGUUAAGAUUUUAGAACAUGUUUGAAGGUUGGUAUUCUUACAAAUAUGCUGUCAGCUAGUUGGUUAUCUUAGGUUCAAAGUUAAUCAUGUUUAUCUCACAAAGCUGAACCUUCCUGUGGUCAUGUGACUUGAAUGGUAGGUGUAGCUAUAAAACCAGUGAUUGCUCUUGCUUCCUUCUCUUUGCAGAGGUGACCAUACCAGCGUCACCUAGGGGAGGCCUGCACCUACAACCCAAGCCAUCAACUUUUUCAAUUCAUUUGACUGGUCUUGGUUUGAACCAUGGCACCUACCCUGACCACAGCAUUUGCCAGGCGCUGGUGGAUGGCUGUGACUGCUAUCAUUGAAAACCUGCUGUUCUCUGCUGUGCUGCUGGGAUGGGGGUCCCUGCUCAUCAUGCUCAAGUCUGAGGGCUUCUAUUCAUAUCUUUGCACUGAAGAGGGAAAUCACACCAGCUCUACAAACCUGUCCCUGCCCACCCCAUCCACUGAUGAGUAUGCAGACUACUAUAUGCUGGUUGAUGGUGAGACGGGUGUGGUGGGCUUAGGGGAUGGGGUGGAGAUGAAGCCUCUACUACCCCCUGAUGGCCCUCUGAGAAUGAACGGCUGGCUCAUAUGUAAGGAGCAGGAUGAGAUGCUCAACUUGGCUUUCACGGUGGGGUCUUUCCUGCUCUCUGCCAUAACUCUGCCGCUGGGAAUUGUCAUGGACAAAUAUGGGCCACGCAAGCUCAGACUUUUGGGAAGCACCUGCUUUGGUUUGUCCUGUCUAAUGAUUGCAUAUGGAGCCUAUAAUCCAAAUGAACUCUCUGUCCUCAUCUUCAUCGCCCUCACAUUUAACGGCUUCGGGGGCAUGUGUAUGACCUUCACCUCUCUCACACUGCCCAAUAUGUUUGGGGACCUUCGCUCCACAUUUAUUGCCCUCAUGAUUGGUUCUUAUGCCUCCUCAGCUGUCACCUUCCCAGGAGUCAAGGUGAUCUAUGAUUUGAACAUAUCUUUCAUCACCAUCUUGGUUGUGUGGGCAGCUUGUGCUGGCCUGGUUUUUCUGAACUGCUUCUUCAACUGGCCCCUUGAGCCCUUUCCUGGACCAGAGGACAUGGACUACUCUGUGAAGAUUAAGUUCAGUUGGAUGGGCUUUGACCACAAAAUCACAGGGAAGCAGUUUUAUCGCCAAGUGACCACUGUUGGGCGGCGUCUCAGCGUGGGAACAAGCCUGAAGUCUGAUGAUAUGCCCACCAAAGAGGGCCAAAAGCUGUGCCUGUCCACCAUGGACCUGGAGAUGGACUCUAAGGCACAAGUAGAAACCCAAUCGUUCAUGAAGAGUGUGGUCAGCCCCAUCUUCCUGCUCAGUGCGGUCACGAUGUCAGUCACUCAGCUGCGUCUGCUCUUUUACAUGGGAGCCAUGAACAGUGUGCUCGAGUCACUCACUGAUGACCUCAACACAGUGAGUUUGUAUUCGUCCAUCUUUGGCGUGCUGCAGCUGCUCUGUCUGAUGACCACACCAGUGAUUGGUCAGAUUAUGGACUGGAAGUUGAAAGAGUGUGAUGAUGGAGAUGGAGAGAAACAGCUCACCAGCACAGGAGAGAAGAAGAAACGCAGAGACAGAAAGACACAGAAAGUGACCAAUGCCUUGAGAGCUUUUGUGCUCACAAAUUUCCUGCUGGUGGGAUUUGGUAUUACAUGCAUCAUCCCUAAUUUGCACCUUCAGAUUGUGUCAUUUGUUUUACACACUGUGGUCCGAGGGUUCAUUCACUCAGCUGUUGGCGGCCUGUAUGCUGCUGUGUACCCCUCGUCCCAGUUCGGCAGUCUGACGGGGAUGCAGUCUCUGAUCAGUGCUGUGUUUGCUCUCCUGCAGCAGCCUCUGUUUUUGGCCAUGAUGGGACCACUACAGGGAGAUCCAUUUUGGGUAAACAUUGGACUGCUGGUUCUCAGUAUGCUGGGAUUUCUGCUGCCCCUCUACCUUAUCUGCUACAGAAGAGUGCUCAACAAAGAACAAAUGGAAAGAGAAGAGAACGCCAAGAUCUACAUCAAAAUCAAUGGCUCUGACAUCCCAGAAGCAUUGGUUUAGUAAACUGAGGAAAUCAUCAACACAUUCACUGACAGAGAGGACACCUUUAGAAGAUUUCAAAGAUAGAUAAAUAUUAUAUCUGGAUGAGAUGUGAUUCUCAUUCACACAUCAAACUGUUGAACCAUGACAGAGGAGGAAGACAAGCAGGAGAUGAAGAGGCAGUGAGAGGAAAGACUGUGAAAGGAAGAGGUUCUGACCUCUGCAAAUCCCCCAAAACCUCUCAGCCUCAUUUUCUUCUGCUUUAGUGAUGUUAUAUUAUAUUUGCUGUAUGAGUGGGAAUGUUAACACCUCCAGUUAUGUAUUAUAAUCCAUUAUAUUAGUUUUUUCUAUUUAUGUUAGUAAAUAAUUUGCCAUUAAAAUUCAAAAUAGCUAUCUUUAUUUUACAUGUCUCAUAUACAGAAGUAAAUGCUCCACCAAGAAGUGGUUAGACCUUUUAUAGUUUUAGAUUUUAUAUUUUUGAAAUAUCAUUAAAUAUAAUUUAGUUUUAUAUAUUUUCCAUCUGGAAGGGGAUAUAAAACCGUAAUUUGUAAUCUAUUUAGUAUUUAUUACCUUGUCUUUGCUAUUGUAUGAUAUUUAUACCAUAGCCUACCUCUAGCUGUGCCUAAUAUGCCUUAUGCAUAAUUUAUGUGCAAAGGUGAAGAGUAAGAAGUAGAUUUAGAUGAUAUAUAGACAUUUUCCACCUGCAUUUUCCAUCAGCACUUUAUCCACAGAUUUUCAACUCGUCAUCAUCCCUCCCUAGGAUAAAUUAAUCAUUAUUUCUAAAGUGUGUGUUGCUGUAGCUUAUUUGUAUUAUCCUUGUUUCUGGACAUGGUGCUAAAUAAAGAUGUUUCACUCAUGA